GCUUAAAACUGGUGCAUCCGUGAUACAAUCAACAAGACCACGUGUUUUACAGACAGAAAUGCGACUGAGCAUGGUUUUUCCCAGCCAAAAGUCUACAAGCGGGACUUAAUGAUUGACUGCUUGCUGAUAAACUUUCGCUGUGUAUUCUGUUCUGUGUGCAUUGGACAUCGUUAAUCAUCCCCUGCCUUUUUUUAAACUUUCUUUUCAAUUGGAAUUGAAAUUAAUUUUUGGUGGUUAGGUUCCCCCCCCCCUUUUUCUCUCCCUUCCCUUCAUCAUUAGUUUUGGAAAUUUCUUCAGCAUAAUUCACUUGACAGCAAUUUACAAAUUUGAAAUCAGCUUUUCAUCAUGGCUUUGAAUGUUGCUCCCGUAAGAGAUACGAAAUGGCUAACAUUAGAAGUGUGUAGGCAAUUUCAGAGGGGAACUUGUUCACGCUCUGAUGAAGAAUGCAAAUUUGCACACCCCCCUAAAAGUUGCCAGGUUGAAAAUGGAAGAGUAAUUGCCUGCUUUGAUUCCUUAAAGGGUCGUUGUACAAGGGAGAACUGCAAGUACCUUCAUCCACCAACACAUUUAAAAACUCAACUGGAAAUCAAUGGCAGAAACAACUUAAUCCAGCAAAAAACUGCAGCAGCGAUGCUUGCCCAGCAAAUGCAGUUCAUGUUUCCAGGGACACCACUACAGCCAGUGCCCACAUUUCCAGUGGGUCCCACAAUAGGAACGAACACGGCUAUUAGCUUUGCUCCUUACCUAACGCCAGUAACACCGGGAGUUGGCUUAGUCCCGACUGAGAUCCUACCCACGCCGCCUGUCAUUGUUCCUGGAAGUCCACCGGUGUCAGUCCCCGGUUCAACUGCUACCCAGAAACUCCUCAGGACUGAUAAACUGGAGGUGUGCAGGGAGUUCCAGCGGGGAAACUGUGCACGUGGAGAGACUGAUUGCCGCUUUGCGCAUCCAGCAGACAGCACAAUGAUUGACACAAACGACAACACCGUAACCGCCAAAAUCAAAGCGGCGCAACACCAAGCCAACCAGGCUGCGGUGGCAGCCCAGGCAGCUGCGGCAGCUGCGACUGUGAUGACUCAGUCGACUGCCAAAGCAAUGAAGCGACCUCUCGAAGCAACUGUAGACCUGGUACUUUGA